UCCAAAGCAAGUACCACAAAGCCACCCAUUGACAUUGUCUCACUACCACACUCCCUCUCAAAGGCUAUGAAGCCUCAAUUUCUCUUCCUCUUCUUCAUCACCAUAACCUUAACCAAUCUUCUAGUCACUUCUCAGUCAUCUUCCUCGCCGGGAACACUGCAAAAGAAGCCGGACAAUGCGACCAUAUACAAGAUCUCAAAGCAACUCUGUUGGGGUUGCAUUGGAGAGUCACUAGAAUUCCUGUUUGAACACAACUUAGUUAGAGCAGCAAAAUGGGAGCUUCCAUUGAUGUGGGAUUUUCAGCUGGAGAAGUAUGCGAGAUGGUGGGCUGGACAAAGGAAAGCUGAUUGCAAAGCAGAACACUCAUUUCCUGAAGGAGAUUUCAAGCUUGGAGAGAAUAUAUAUUGGGGCAGUGGCUCAGAAUGGAGGCCAGCUGAUGCUGUCACUGCUUGGGCUGCUGAAGAAAAGUACUAUAACUAUGCGAAAAAUUCAUGUGACGUGGGUGAAAUUUGUGGGCAUUAUACGCAAAUUGUGUGGAAGACUACAAGGAGAAUUGGGUGUGCUCGUUCUGUUUGUGAUGAUGGAGAUGUAUUUAUGAAUUGUAAUUAUGAUCCUCCUGGUAAUUACGUUGGUGAAAGACCAUAUUGAUUAUAGAUAAAUGUAUAUCUUAAGGUUAAUUAAUUGGGUGGGUGUUAAUUACCAGUGUUGUUGGACAUAUAGGUAAGAUAUGAUUAGGAAGAAAUCAAUGGGAACAUUGUAUUUUAUAAUUAGUGUUUGAUGAUUCUUAAGUAUGCAAUAAGAAAUAUGGGUGUGGGUUAAAUA